AACAAAUUGCAGUCCUGUGACCCUUCAUGUAGGACCUGUGAGAAAUCUGCUGACAUAUGCACUUCAUGUCCAGAAGGAAAAUUUCUUCUCCAUGAUACCUGUGUUUCUCUGUGCCCUCAAAAAACUUUUGGCAAUGUUGCAAGUGGAAAGUGUGAGAUGUGCAUGGAUGGCUGUGAGGUGUGCUCUGACCACUGGCACUGUCAGAAGUGUCAGGCUGAACAGGACCAGCCACUCUUCCUCCACCAAGGCAGAUGUUUACAGGACUGCCCUGAGGGAUAUUUUAAUGAUUCUGAGACUUGCAAGGAAUGCAGUGAAUCCUGUAAGACAUGUAUGGGAAGUGCAACCGAUUGCCUGUCCUGUAAAAGUCCUUUGCUUUUGGAGCAGUGGAAAUGUAAACCUACCUGUUCAGAGAAGCAUUUUGCCUCUGAAGGAAUCUGCAAACACUGCCCUGAAAUGUGCCAGGAGUGCAUUCACAAUCAAACAUGCAAAGAGUGUAUGGAUGAGUUCUUUCUGCACGAGGGGAAGUGUGUGCAGGACUGUCCUUCUCACUUCUACCCUGAAGACAAGCACUGCUUUCCCUGCCAUGCAGACUGCAAGGAUUGCAACGGCCCAGACUCUGACGACUGCACAGAGUGCACCAUUGACUUCUUUGUCCUCUACAGUGGCAUGUGUUUUGAAGAGUGCCCUGAAGGGACUUACUAUGAAGAAGCCACUGAAGAUUGUCAAGCAUGCAACAAGACAUGCCAGACUUGUUCCUCUUCCACUGCCUGCCUUACUUGCAGAAAUGGCCUGAUGCUAAAUCAUGACGGGCACUGUGUAUCAUCUGGAUACUGCUCUCACACCGAGUACUACAUUGAGAAAACUCAGACCUGCAAGCCUUGUCAUAAGAAAUGCUUCCACUGCUCAGGACCCACGGAACACCAGUGUCUUAGCUGUGCAAAUAACCACUAUCUUCUCAAUACAACCUGUGUUGAAACAUGCCCAGAUGGGUAUUAUGCUGACAGUGAUGAGGGACAAUGUUCCCCAUGCCACAGCACCUGUGUCACUUGCACUGGAAAACACAGCUCACAGUGCCUUUCCUGCAAACCUGGCUGGUACAGACAAGGAAGAGGAUGCAUAAACCAGUGUCCAGCAGGGUAUUUUGCACAAAACUCCACUGGGUCAUGUGAGAGAUGCCACAAGGGUUGUAAGGAGUGUAUGGGGCCUCGACCCACGGACUGCCUUCUCUGUGAUACAUAUUUCUACCUGUUGCGCUCCAAGAAUGAAUGUGUUAGCUCUUGCCCUGACUAUUACUACGAAAGCAAGGACAACAUCUGUGAAAGAUGCCACCCUUCCUGCCGGACCUGUGAAGGGAAGGGAGCAUUCAGCUGCACAUCUUGUGUAUGGAGCUACAGUUUAUUAGGUGGAAUGUGCAACUCAGACUGUUUUGUAGGUGAAUACAAAGUCCAGGAGACACCAGGACAAGAGGAGGACGAGCCCAAGUGUGAGAAAUGUGACAAGUCAUGCACUGAGUGCAAGGGACCUGGGCCUCUCAACUGCACGGUCUGUCCGGCCAGCAUGCAGCUGUACCUGGAGGAAAGCCGCUGCCUGCCCUGCUGCAGUGACCCUGACCCAGCAGGCACCUCAGACUGCUGUGACUGCAGUGAAACACAAGAUGACUGUGUAUUACGGACCACUCUACCACCCAAGACCAAAAGCAAAACUAUUUUCUUUGUUAUUACCUGCAUUUUGCUUCUCCUUGUCAUUGGAGCCAUUAUAUUUGUCUGGAGAAAAUCACGAGCCAAAACCGAGGCUGUCAAUAAAGGCGGGUAUGAGAAGCUGACAAAUCAUCCCAAAACCUUUCCUUCCUACAUGAGUAGCUACCAUGAGAGUCCCAGUUACCAGGAAGAUCAAGUGAUUGAGUAUAGAGAUGCGGAUAACGAAGAUGAUGAUGAAGACGACAUAGUGUAUAUGGGCCAGGAUGGCACAGUCUAUCGCAAAUUUAAAUAUGGACUUUUGGAGGAUGAUGUGGAAGAUGAUCUUGAAUACGAUGAUGAGAGUUAUUCAUUUAGAUAACUUUGCAGUAAUUUAUUAAUUUCAUGUUUUGUUGCUUUUCCUAUUAAAUCACAGGAAUUUAGUUAAGUAUGUUUAGUUUCUUCUUAGUACGUUGAGCUCAAGAUUUUAACUACAGUUAUUGUGAGAGCAGAAUGGUUUCUAAAAACAUUUCUCCCUAAAGCUUUACAUAAAUCCUUGCUAGGCUUUUAAGUAGCAUUCCAGACGGAGUAGGCUGGUUGAGACUAUGGUUUUGUGCAUUUGUGUGGAGAGCAAAUCUUUCCCAAUAUGUUUUUGUGUGCACUAUAACUAAUACAAACUCUGCUUCAAACCACACACGCACACUUACUGAGAACCUUGCCAAUCACUACUAGAAAUGUGCAGAUAUAAGCACGAUGGGUGUAUUUAUCUACCUGACAAAUGCCACUGCGAUAGGAUGCCAGUAAUUUACUACUUUGUGAUUAUAGUUACUCAGCAAUUCAAAAUAGAAUAGGCAGAUUUUCUUCACUGGUAUCAUCUAGCGCAUCUGUGUUCCUACCAGCCAACACAUCGCUCCUUACAACCAUUUUGCAUACUUCCCAGUGAAAUCACACAUCUAUGAAGUGUUUUAAGAUUUCUGAUUGUGACUCUACUCCAGGUAACUAUACUGUAUUCACGGUUUGCAUGAAACGUAACUAAAAUAUUUUAUAUAUCAUCCUUUGAUUAUUUUUUUCUGUGGAGCUUGUCAAAUUUUCAUUGUACACACAAACUUCUGGGAUUCCUGCAGAAGGAAAUAUGGUCUAUAAGCAUGCCCACAAAAAAAGGACUCCUUUUGUCUUUUUAACUACCUUCUUAGUGAUUUAAACACAGAACAUUUAUUCAAGCAGCUUUUCCAUGUCUGUUGUAAAUGGUUGAGGAUGUUCAGACAAUGGCAAUGGAAUAAUUAGCACUUAUUUGGUAACACAACGUAAAGGAACACCGCAAUGUGACUUUUUAUUACUAUUACAGAAAUAUAAUUUAUCAUACUAAAGAAAAGGAUGCUCUUUAUG